AUGGGGACUAGAGAUUUGGAUGAAGACGACAUCCUGGCCGCUGUUUUAGAGAGUGAUGAGAAGCCGCCCUGUGUUGACACCGACAGAGAAGUUGAAGACCACGAGAGCGAGGAUAACAUCCAUUGCAAUGAGGAAGAUGGUUUUGUGGACGAAGUGAGGGAAGAAGUAGCAUUGCAAAUAGGAAUACAAAUAAAGAACAGAGAGCUUGGUUAA